UCUCCCGGGCUGAUUCUCAUGCCGCUUUCCUGACAAACGCGCGUUUAUUGACAUCAGUAAAGGUAACAGAAAAAGGAUGGGGACAUGACAGACAGAGGGACGGACGGACAGACGGUUGCGCACUGACGCGCGUUUAAUUCAGCGCGGAUCUCUAAACGCGCCGACUAUUCGGGACACCAGUGAUUGAGACGCAGAAGAAGAAGAAAGAAGAAAAAAAAAACACCGGGCAUCAGACAUUUCACGUGCGGCUGAAAUCUCUUCCCAGCCUCUGUGACCCCAACAGAGCAGAACACUUUAACACAGGAUGGGGGGAGUCAGUGAAGGAGAGGAUGUUUUAGCCAGAUGGAGUGACGGUCUUUUGUACCUUGGCAAUGUCAAACGAGUCGAUAGUGUCAAGCAGUGCUGUUUGAUCCGGUUUGAGGAUAAUUCUGAAUUCUGGGUGCUCAGGAAAGAUAUCCACUCAUUCUCUUCAGGAGGAGAGGAGGUGUGCUGUAUCUGCGAUGCUCCGCCUCUUAAAGAACCUCUCAUAAACUGCCUCAAAUGUCGCCACGGUUAUCAUCCAGAGUGCCAUACCCCGCCCAUUGAACCUGAAGUUGACCCAAACAGCUGGAUAUGUCGCCAAUGUGUCUUCGCAGUAGCAACAAAGAGAGGGGGAGCAUUAAAAAGAGGACGCUUUGCACGACUCAUGCAGAUCAUGAAAAUGAGGCUACCCUAUCAGCUGUCAUCUUUAGACUGGGACGCGCAGCAUUUGACCAACCAGCAACAGUGUUACUGUUAUUGUGCUGGUCCAGGAGAGUGGAAUCUAAAGAUGUUGCAAUGUGGGAGUUGCGGUCAGUGGUUCCAUGAAGCGUGCACUCAGUGCCUGACCAAACCUCUUCUCUAUGGAGACCGCUUUUAUCAGUUCCAGUGCUCAGUGUGCACAAACGGUCCAGAGACCAUCCAGAGGCUUCCAAUGACCUGGGUAGAUUUGGCCCAUUUGGUGCUGUAUCAUCUCUCCCUUUGCUGCAAGAGGAAGUAUUUUGAUUUUGAUCAUGAAAUCAUGUCCUUUGCCAAUGAGAACUGGGAUUCUUUGCUUCUUGGCAUGCUGUCAGACACACCGAGGCAAGACCGUUGCCAAAACCUGCUCAAUGCUUUAAAUUCCCACAAAGACAGGUUUGUCUCGGGCAAAGAAAUAAAGAAAAAGAAGUGUCUCUUCGGCCUUCAAGUACGGGCUCCUCCCCCUCUGUCAUCUGACACAUCCCCUUUCAUCGCUGAACAGCCAGUCAACAUUGCCCACAGGAGAAGCCCAAUGUCACUGUCCUGCCAACGGAGAGCCAUGGGUCCAGAGUCCCGUAAAUCAAAGCGUCGGGUCAUCGAGACACAGACUUGUCCAGCGGGAGUUGCGACAAACGCUAUUGAUCUGGUGCCAUGUUGCCAUGGUUAUGUAGAUGGGACAAGCCUGUAUAACCACAGAAAACCAGAGGAAGAGAUGAGCCUGGGUUCUCCUCCCAAGAGAAUGUUUGCCCUCUAUCAUCCUUCAUACAGUGGAUCUCAGGACCUGUCUAGAACGCUGCAUUAUUACAGUGCAGAGGACCCUUGUCGACUUCCAGCCCCCUGCCUUCCAUACUCGCUGUCCUCUGCUCAUCCUCCAGGGCAGCGGUUUGAAAACUGCUCCUCUCACUUCCUGCGUGACGUACCACCCUACUCCAGCAUAGUAGGCAUGGGGGAACCCACGGCAACGGGAUGGGGAGGAGGGGACGCCGUCAGGAUCCUGGCCAGACGUAUAACAGCCGACGGAAAAGUCCAGUAUCUAGUGGAGUGGGGAAAUGUGUACUGAGAGAGAGAGAGAGAGAGAGAGAGAGAGAGGAGCAGAGAAUAUUUGUGGAAGUGAGAGAGGUUUUAAAAAGAGACGUACAAAGAGGAAAGGGCCAGAGACUUCAGGAUGCAUCAUUAGGGUUUGCAUGGUUACGAGAAGAGGUGUGAAAGCAUCACUGAGCAGGUGUGGGUGUUCUGCGGUCGUUUCAAGAGCAACAGCAGAAGGAAACAACAUCAAGUGAAUCCAGGUUAAGCUACACAGCAGCUUUACUCUGAGAUUAAUCUGUUAUAAAACUCCUUUUUACUUUGAAAGUGUCUCCUAUAUUUUGAAUACUGUUAGAAAAUGCCUUUAGAAUGACUUGAACUUAUGAUCAUGAUUUGUAAUGCAUAAGCUGUUCAUUGCCAUCACACGUUCAUGUACUACUCAAACACUACAAAAAAUACACGGCAAAAAAGCAUUUGCUUAGUUUUUUGUAUCAUUUACCAGUAAAAAUAUUUAAACAUAAUUUAAACAAGAGACAUUUACUUAAAAAGGAAAAUCACAGAAGAUAUUAAGCCUUGUUU